UAAUAUCACUCGACUGGUUACAUCUUGGCUUAAUCGCCGACAUAAACUUAAUUUUUUCUUUAGAGUUGCAUUUUAAAAUCUGGCCCUUCUGAUUAAUUUAACGUUAGUAACUUUUUAAUAAUAAAUUAUUUACUCAGCAUAAUGCUUUCAAGAUUAGCUCUUCGUUCUGAACUUUUCCGAGUGGUGCCCUUAAGUGUUAAUAUUCGAGGCACGCAAACUAAACCAGUAGUUCCUAGUAGCAAUGAAUCUAUCAUUGUACCUGGAUUUCCUAAACCAAAUGGCAAACCUCAACCAAAUCCUUAUGAUGGUCCAGAACGCGACUUAGUUAACUUUCCUCGAAUGGUAAGAUUAGAACAUCCUAGCAAGACGAGGUAUUUGUUUGUACCAGAAGAGUGGUUUGAAGUUUUUUACAAAAAAACUGGUGUAACAGGACCAUAUGUAUUUGCUGCCGGACUUACUACAUAUUUAUUAAGCAAAGAAAUAUGGGUUGUGGAACAUGAGUUUCCCUAUGUACUAGCUACAGCUGGAUUGUUUUACAUUGCAUACAAAAAGUUUGGCAACUCAUUUGCUUCUUACCUUGACAAAGAAAUCGAUGAAUAUGAAGCAUCUUGCAAUGCUGGUCGCCAAAGUGAAUUAGACAAUUUAUCAGAAACUAUCGAAAUACAGAAAAAAGAAGUUUGGAGAACAGAAGCUCAAAAAUAUAUUUUUGAAGCCAAACGUGAAAAUGUUGCUUUACAAUUAGAAACAAUUUACCGUGAAAGAGCUCAGCAAGUAUACAAUCAGGUUAAAAAACGUUUAGAUUAUCAACUGGAACUUGCAAAUUUAAAACGUACGGUUCAACAAAGACACAUGGUCAAUUGGAUUAUUGAAAAUGUUUUGAAAUCUUUGACAAAUGAACAAGAAAAACAGAGUUUCAAAAAAUGCAUGAUAGAUUUAAAUGCAUUAGCAUCAAAAGCUUAACUUCUAACAAAUCAUUUCAGAUUUAGAAAAUAGGUUGUUAUUAAAAUUCAUUAAAAAAUUGAUUAUAUUUAGAUGCAAUUGAGGAAUAAACUGAUAUAAAUUCAAUACAUAGAAAAUAUUGUUUACAUAUUAUUUAUGAUAAAUUUACUACCAAUAUUAUACAAUAUUUAAAUUUAUAUAUAUACUUGAUUUACAAAAUUAAAAACUGUAUUACUUCAUAA